GGCUCUGAGAGACAGAGCGUCCUGGCUUUGCACACCCCUAAAAAUAUCUGCCACCAAGCGCGCGGAUCAAAGCGGGGCAUGCAGCAGCUCCGGCAUUUAACCUAAAGCCUUCUGAGAGGAGGAGCGUGCAGGGAGAGCAAAGAGCCCGCGGCAUCCGCAGGACAGGACAGGAGAGCAGAGGAGAGGAGGGCUGGCUCGGGUUUCAGACGCGCAUUUGACUGCAGACCUGCAGCACACAGACAGCGCAGAGCCUGGAGCAGGACGCACGGAGAGGGACGCACGGAGCAGGACGCACGGAGCAGGACGCACGGAGCGGGGAUCAGGGACGUCAUUGGGGCACACAGGAGUUUUAAAGAAGAAAAGGGACAUCUAGAAAGUUAUUUCCCAGCACAGACAGACACUCUUUCCUAACUGUUGCUCCUCACCUGAUGAAUACGGGGGUUCUGUGGAUACAUUAACGCGUAGAAUGGGGGAAGAGCAGAAGUGGAGAGCGGAGGAGAGGACGCGCCUGGAGCAGCAGGACCCGUCCAAAGGUCCGGUGUGGAGGACGUGCAGGAGCGCGCCGGGCUCGGCCGGCUUGGCCGUGUGCGUCGCGCUGGCGCUGCUGUGCGCCGGGGUGUGCGUGCUGGAGCUGGUGCGCUCCGCGGAGCUGCGGGCCCGGAUAGCGCGCCUGGAGCAGCGGCUCCCCGCGGGGACCUGGGCCCCGGAGCAGGUGGAGCCCUUCAUCCUGGGCCGGCUGGACCAGAUCCUGGACGAGAAGCUUGCAGCACGACUGCCCAAGUCCCGGGAGGUGAGGGACGUUUCCCACGGCUGCCUCUGUCCGCCAGGUCCUGACGUCAGCAUUUCUGGCAUCAUCCAGGCCUUUCUGCAUAACCAGCUGCACACGUGUCCUCUGCUCGCCCACGGGGAGUGUGGCGACAACCAGAUUGAUCUUAUUAUGUCUCCAGAUGGCAGUCAUUAA